AUGGAGAUAGAAUAUAAUUUUGAAAACAAAAACACUUUUAACUAAAACUCAAAUUCAGAUUAAAAUAGUUUUUUUGACUCUUAGCAAUAUUAAGUUACAUAGCAUUAGAAAGCAAAGAAUAAGAACACUAACCCUAAUGAAUAAAGCGAUAAUUCUUCUACAUAUAAUUUUGAUCAUAGUUGUAUGGAAUUAGGAGAUAUCUAUAAUAAUUGCAUCGAUUUAGAGUUUCGAGGAGAUUUUAAUUAAAGAAAUAGUGAUGAAUGUGCACUUAGUGUUCAACAAAAUAUUAAUCUUGGUUUAUUUGGUUUAGAUAGAAUGAAAUUAUGGACAGGAAUGACAUUAAUGAGUGAUGGAACUUUAAGAUUAUGUGCCUCACUUGGAUCAUUGAGUUUUAACUAUUAACAAUAAAUCGUAGAAUGUGUUGAAGAUAAAAAGAAUCUGGGUGUUGUGGAUUUACAUUUUACUAAAAAUAGAAUGAUUCGCUAGUCUUCGAUUGAAGAAGCAUUAUUCUUUCUAAGUAGGAUGGACGGAAUUAAAUUUAGAUAGAUCGAAACAGAGCUUAUAAAAAUAUAUACUUCAGUAAAAUAAUAACAUUAAGAUGCUUUAAGUUUAAAACUCACUGAAUAAUAACUUGAAAUGAAGGACUAAGAAUUUAUCGAAUUUAUCGAUUACUGCUAUGAAUACAUAAACUAGAAUUAUAAUAAUGAAAAUUAAACAAAAAUGUUUUGGUAUUCUUUGGGUAGAAUAAACUUAAGAGAAAAGGAUAUUCAAGUUAUUAAAACAGGAUUUUCUAAGAGUUAUUUGGAAUUACUUGGAUUGAAUUAAGAUUCUUUGAGUACAAUUUACCUUCGUAAAUAACAAGUGGAUUUAAUAAAAGACUAGUCUGACAGAAUAAUGUAAACUCUUUCAGGUAUAGACUCUAAAUGCAAAAUGAUUGAUUAGGAAGAACAAUUCGUUAACAUCCAAACUUUUGAUGGAUUUCCUUUAGUUUUGCUCUAAAAAAAGAAAUGCUUAAGAGAGAUUAUUCAUAAGAAGUGCUAGCAAUAUAUAAAAAAUGAAUAUUUUUUCUCAAUUAUAGAAAUGGAUGUAGAUAUUGAUAGCUUACAAAGAUUAAUUUAGUACAGAUAAAAAAUAUUUCUUAAUCCUAAUAAUCUUACAAUAGACGAAUUCAUCUAAAAAGAACUUUCAUAUAAAUUCGAAGAUGUUGAAUAUUCUAUCCACUCAUAAAACUUUUUAGAAAAAUACUACUAAGAAAACCUAAAAAAAAUUUUUUAAAUAGAGGAAGAACUUAAAAAUAAAAUUAGAUAAGAAUAGAAAUAAUGUGGAUAUAAAUAUAUUUAAAAUACUCCAUUAAUUGUCUAGCAUUGA